AUGGGACCCCAGGCGAAGGUUCUCUGCUGGCUUCUGGUGAUCUGGCUGUCGGUGGGAGAACUCCAUGGCUCUGACUCCGAGAAAACCUCUUCUCGCGGGGAGCGACUGCUGCGGAUAUUCAAAAACAGACUGCAAUAUCGGCCAAAGUUGAAAGUGGCCAAAUGCCAGGGCAGCCGCUGCACCAUUCAGCUCUCACCGUUGGUGGCUGUUUCUGCGUCAGUACCCGUCUGUGACUACACCCAUCCCUGUCCCAGCGGUCAUCACUGCCUCUCAGGUCACUGUUUCGCCCUCCCCAAAUCCCUCUGCGGGACCAGCCAGCCGUGCUCGCCCCAUAGACAGUGCCCCUGUGGAGAGCUGUGUCACAAUGGACGCUGUACUAAGGUAAAACCAGCGGGGAUAGGCAGCCCAUGUGUAACACAUUCACAGUGCCAUUCGGAGAAUUGUAAAAACGGCUACUGCGCUAAUCAAUGUCUCUACGAUACUGAUUGUUCUACCAAUCAGUACUGUGACGGUUACCGCUGCCAGCAUCGUCUGCCCUUGUACGGGACAUGCUCAGAAAACCGCCAGUGCCUCUCCAACGCCUGCAACGGAGGUUCAUGCGUGCAAUGUCACAGUUCUUACGACUGUCCAUUGCGACACUUUUGUGAUCACAACACAUGUCACUCGUUGAGAAAGCUCCGCGAAUCGUGUCACUCGGAUCAGGAGUGUUUGUCUGGGAAGUGCGGUAGGCUCAACUUCUGUGUUCUGUGCAGGUCGCACGCAGAUUGUCGCGGUGGAACCGUUUGCAGUUCGACAGGUAUCUGUAGGAGAGAGAGCAGCGCCGGUUCUGAGUGUUCCUCCAGUGAGGAUUGUCUCAGUGGUGUAUGCGGGAUCCGCGGGUAUUGUAUCGAAUGUAGAACGAAUGGGGAGUGCGAAGGACAGGAACGGUGUGACAAAGGCGUCUGUCGUCCUCUUCAACUACUAGGACAGCAGUGUGAUGCCAAUGCUGAUUGUGAGUCUGGUAUAUGCCAUAGCCUCUCAUGUGUGGAGUGUACAGGGGAGCGUAGUUGCGGCACUGGUAGGUUCUGUUCUUCAGAGGGUCUCUGCCAAACCCAGGCAGAGUUGGGAGAGGCGUGCACUCUCGACCAACAGUGCAUCUCAGGUCUCUGUGAGGAGCUCCUGAACCAGUGCGUACGAUGUACCGACGACUCACACUGUGAACAGGAUGAAACGUGCACCGGCGAUCACACCUGCGCACCAAUUCAGCUCCCUGAUACAAUAACUCCCGUUAGAGAAUCUCCAAACGUCAUCUCACCCUCAGAGAACUUCACAGCGCUCCCGCCCGGCACUGUCCGCUUCGGAAACACCUUCGGAAGCGUCAACGCUACCUCGGACACCAAGUUUGACGGAGACGCCGCCACAGCUGUAGCCACAGCCGUUGCUUCUGUCACUGUCGAUAACGUCACCGCCAUGGCUACUGCCGAUGCCACAGCCGUUGUUACUCUGGAGGAUCUGAUCAGGCAGAGGAUUAUGCAGCUGAGGCAGGCCGUGGCGGCGAAGAGGGAGGCUCUGAGCGAAGGAGGUGGCACGGAUGAAAGUAAUGUUGAAUUGCUAGAUAGUGAAGAGGACUUGAGACCGCUGGAAUUAGAUCCACGUCGGUUGUAGCCGGUCACCAUCCAAACCACAAAGUUCAACUAAAUGGAUGAGAGUUUGGUAGCAUUUUGAAUAGAUCGAG